AUGGAUGAUCUGAAUCAAAAGGCUCUUGAAGAUAAAUGGUUUAGCAAUCUGUUAAGCAAAAAAAGAUCAGCAGAAGCAAGACUUCAUCGUAAACGUCAGCUCCAAUUCAAGAGAGCAAAGAAAUUGAAUGGCAUGCAGAAGGAGAAUGUAGGAAAGACUACCCCAAUUAGUAGACAUGAUAAUGCUCAUACAAGAAUUCCACUUUCUACCAUCUCUCAGAACAUUCCAAGUUCCAGCAAUUCGGUUUUAACAACUUUGCAGGAAACUCAUGCUUCUUCGGUGAUCAGUAGUCUUGCAAAAUCGUUGAAUAAAAAACGUGCAAGAGUCGUUACUUGCAGGAACAUCAAUAAUAUAGGGACGAAUUUAAAGAAGAGAUUUGAUAACGUUGUUGGUGAAUGUGGUUCUACAUCUUCAAAAAACACUCCAUUACAGACUACUGAAAUUAAUGAACUUUUUGAAGAUGACAACGAAGAGGAUAAUAUGCAUGAUGAUUCGUCAGAGAGUUGGAUUUCAGACGACAGCAUGGUUAUGGACGAAGAUGAAGAAGAUAUGGACAAUCAAACUGUAAUGGUCAAUGCACUACCAUCAGGAGAUUUUUACGACAUAGGUGAUCCAGUGUUUGAAUGUCCAAAAUGUGGUGCAAACAUGUGGUAUUUAGAAAGGAAGACCAAGUGCCGACAAACAUUAAAUCCUAAGUUCACAAUGUGUUGCGGGGAUGGUAAAGUUCAAAUUCCUCUAUUGAGAGAACCUCCACCGGUGUUACAGAAACUGUUGUUUGACCAAACAAACCCUGAAUCAAAACUAUUUCAACAACAAAUACGUCUUUUCAACAUGAUGUUUGCAUUUACGUCUCCGGGUGCUAAAAUGGACAACCGUUUUAACAAUGGUAGAGGUCCUCCAAAUUAUCGAAUUCAAGGACAAUCAUGUCAUCGUAUAGGUAGCAUGACAAAAGACGGAAUAAAUGUUGACAUAGUGAAAAAACUCUCUUCUAUGUUAUAUCAACACAAUGUUCAUGCUCAAAGUUUUAAGAUGGCAAGGGAUAUACUUUCUGAAGGCAAUGUUUCUGACCUAAAGCUCCGUCUCAUUUCCGAGCGACGCACCGAUGGAAGAAUUUAUAAUCAACCAACUAUUUCCAAAGUUGCUGCUCUAAUUGUUGGUGAUGUUGAUACUGCUGAGAAGAGGGACAUAAUAAUGCACAAACAGACUGGACAACUUCAAAGAAUAGAUGAAUAUCAUACAUCAUAUUUGGGAUUUCAAUAUCCAUUGCUUUUCCCUUAUGGAGAAGAUGGUUACAUGCCUAACAUUAGACAUCGCAAUCAAGAUUCCAACAAUAGACGUAACUCAGAAUCAAUGAUUGGAGUAGCCGACAACGAGGAUGUUCCGUGGGAGCAAGCAACUAAAAGAAAUAGAUUGACAAUUAGAGAGUGGUUCGCAUUUCGUAUUCAAGCCAGGAAGAACGAGGCCCAAACAGUUAUCAGAUCAAGAAGGUUAUUUCAACAGUUUUUGGUUGAUGGUUAUACAAUGAUGGAAUCUGAGAGACUUCGAUGGUUAAGAAAAAAUCAAUCUAAACUUCGAGUGGGAAAGUAUAACUAUCUAACAGAUGCCAAAACCAAUGGACAUACCGAUGGUGCAAACACAGGGAAAAGGGUUGUCCUUCCAUCUUCGUAUGUUGGUAGCCGCAGAUACAUGGAUCAACUUUACUUUGAUGGAAUGGAAAUAUCUAGUUAUGUUGGAUUUCCCGAUCUAUUCAUAACGUUUACGUGUAAUCCAAACUGGCCAGAAUUGAAACGUGUACUUGCUUCUAAUAAUCUGACACCAGCAGAUCGGCCGGACCUCAUCACGAGAAUAUUUAAGAUGAAAUUCGAUGAGUUACUGUCAGAUUUAACUAAAAAAAGUAUUAUGGGCAAAGUUCUUGCGUAUAUGUACACCAUUGAGUUUCAGAAAAGAGGCCUGCCCCACGCUCAUAUUUUGAUAUUUCUACAUCCAUCCAGCAAAUAUCCAACACCUGCUGAUAUUGACCGUAUCAUAUCUGCCGAAAUUCUGAACAAGGACACCGACGGAGACUUAUAUAACUUGGUAAAAAGUCACAUGAUUCACGGACCAUGCGGAAACGCAAACCGGUCUUCGCAAUGCAUGAAGGAAGGUAAAUGUUCCAAAUACUUUCCUAAAGACUUUCGGGCUGAUACAGUCGUCGAUCAAGAUGGUUAUCCGGUUUACAGAAGAAGGGAUAACGGUCACACUGUCAUUAGGAAUGGUAUAGAGGUUGACAAUAGAUUUGUUGUUCCUUACAAUGCAAAAUUGUUGUUGAAGUUUAGAACUCAUAUUAAUAUGCAAUGGUGCAAUCAAAGCACAUCCAUAAAAUGUUUGUUUAAAUACAUCAACAAAGGCUAUGAUCGAAUAACCGCUGCAAUUGUCAUGAAUGAAAAUGGAUGUCCUAUCGAGAGUCAAGAUGUUGAUGAAAUCAAGCAGUAUAUUGACUGUAGGUAUGUUUCUCCAAGUGAAGCAUCUUGGAGAAUUUAUGGUUUCCCCAUUCAUGGAAGGAAACCAACUGUGGAAAGAUUACACUUCCAUUGCGAAGGUCAACAUUCAGUAUACUAUACUGACAUCAGCAAUGUUUCUAAUGUUCUUUAG